CGUUGCCUGUUCUUCAGAAGUGUGGAUCAUCCACACAAGAAAGCGGCCGAUUCGCCCACACACCCCUGGAUCAUUGUGACAAUGAGGAGAAAGUUCUAAGAGCAUAGUUAACGGUGGCAGCAUUCUUCUUUUGGCCGAGUUGUGAGCUCCUCUUCCCUGUAACUUGUGUAAAAUGCGGCUGAUCUUACGAUCCCGGAGCCAGCGCCUCGCAAGAACCAUCAAUCCCCUUCUUGGAGCUCGUGAAAAUCAGCCCUCCAUCGCAGUGAGCGAUCAAUCCACGCUCUGGCGCUAUCUUUCUUCCUCAAACCCUAAUCCAAAUAUUUUCCCUCUAGAAUGAGAACGCUCCAGGUCUUGCGGGCGGGGACGAUACCCUACAAUCGAGCUCUGGCACUUCAGCGCAAUCUCCACGAGCAGCGGCGCAGUGGCGGCAUCGAUGACACGCUCGUCCUGGCGCAGCAUCCUCCCACGAUCACGCUCGGCCGCCAUACCCUAAGCCGCCACAGCCUCUCCGACGCCAUUCUCACGCCCCAAUCCGAGCUCCAGCGCCUCCAGAUCGAGGUCCACCAGACGCAUCGCGGCGGCGAUGCCACAUUCCACGGCCCCGGCCAGCCGAUUCUCUACCCUAUCGUCUCGCUCCGGGCGCUGGGGAUUGGAAUCCGGCUCUUUGUCGAGCGGCUGGAAGAUCUCAUGCUGGAAGUGGCGAGGGAUUACAAGCUCCAGGCCGGAAGAAUCCCUUCCCAGACAGGCUGCUGGAUCGAUCAGCGACGGAAGAUUGGCGCGCUGGGGAUCAGCGCUCCCCAGGGCGUGACGAUGCACGGCCUGGCAUUCAAUGCCAACACCGAUCUGGAUGGAUUUAAGCACAUCGUCCCGUGUGGAAUCCUGGACAAGGAGGUCACGUCGCUCGCUCGAGAGCUCGGGCAGGAGAGAGUGGAUGAAAAACUAGUGGAAGAACAGCUCCUCCAAAGCUUCGUUCGUCUUAUGGGCUACGAGAGAGUGGUUUCUACUGAAAACCUUGGGGAAGGGAUUCGAACCGGGGACGUCCUCUAGCUUACAUAAA